UUUCAGUACGUAAUGCAAGUUCAUGUGUAUCAUUUUCGCUCUUGCUUUUAAAGGUACGCCUCUGACCUGGUGGGACAAGAGUCUGGCCCUCCAAGCCCAAUUUGGCAGGCUACUCGGCCCCACUGGGCGCGCAGCUUGCAGAUGACGGAGCCUGCCACUAGAGGAUCGCUGAGCAGUUUCUGACUUUCUCCACUGCCCAGUUCAGCUGACUCAGGACUGAAACCAAGAGGCAAAAUGGUGGCCUCCGCCGGCGCUAUUCUGCGAGCCUCGGGACUCCGCCGAUGGGGCUCCCUGCCGAGGACUCCAAAGCUGUGGGCAGGGGCCCGAGGCUCGGCGACGCUGAGCGUGGAGCCCGCGGGCCGCUGCGCCUGGGACGAGCCCGUGCGCAUCUCCGUGCGCGGCCUGGCCCCGGGACAGCCCGUCACGCUGCGCGCGUCCCUGCGCGACGAGAGGGGCGCGCUCUUCCGGGCCCACGCGCGCUACCGGGCGGACGACCGCGGCCUCCUGGACCUGGCGCGCGCGCCCGCGCUGGGCGGCAGCUUCGUGGGGCUCGAGCCCAUGGGGCUGCUCUGGGCCCUGGAGCCUGAGACGCCCUUGGUGCGGCUGGUGAAGCGGGACGUGCAGACGCCCUUCGCCGUGGAGCUGGAGGUGCUGGACGGCCACGAGCCCGACGCCGGGCGGCUCCUGGGCCGGGCGCUGCACGAGCGCCACUUCCUGCGGCCCGGGGUGCGGCGGGUGCCCGUGCGCGCGGGCCGGGUGCGGGGCACGCUCUUCCUGCCCCCAGAACCUGGGCCCUUUCCAGGGAUUGUGGACAUUUACGGAGUUGGAAGUGGCCUUCUGGAAUAUCGAGCUAGUCUGUUGGCUGGCAAGGGUUUUGCUGUGAUGGCUCUGGCUUACCAUAACUAUGAAGAUCUCCCCAAGGGCCUGGAGAUCCUCCACCUGGAGUACUUUGAAGAAGCUGUGAACUACCUUCUGGAUCACCCUCAGGUAAAGGGUCCGGGAGUCGGGCUGCUUGGCAGUUCCAAAGGAGGUGAGCUCUGCCUCUCCAUGGCCUCAUUUCUGAAGGGCAUCACUGCCUCCGUCAUAAUCAAUGGCUCCGUGGCCAAUGUUGGGGGAACCUUACACUACAAGGAUGAGAUCCUGCCUGCUGUGGGCCUAGACCCAAAUCGAAUGAGGGUGACCAAAGACGGCUUGGCAGACAUUUUGGAUGUCCUGAAUAGCCCUUUGGAAGGAGCUGACCAGAAGAGUUUCAUUCCCGUGGAAAGGGCUGAGAGUGCCUUCCUGUUCCUUGUAGGUCUGGAUGACCACAACUGGAAGAGUGAAUUCUAUGCUAACGAGGCCUCUAAGCGCUUACAGGCCCAUGGUAGGGAGCAGCCCCAGAUCAUCUGUUACCCUAUGGCAGGGCACUACAUUGAGCCUCCUUACUUCCCCAUGUGCCAGGCUUCCCUACACACCUUGGUGGGUGGUCCUGUCAUCUGGGGAGGGGAGCCCAGGGCUCAUGCCAUGGCCCAGGUGGAUGCUUGGAAGCAGCUCCAGACUUUCUUCCACAAACACUUGGGUGGGGAAAAGUUAGGGGGACUCUCCUGAAAAGAUAACCCAUUAUCUGCAGGUUAGGAGGAUGAGACUAAUGUAUGCUAAGCAGCAGCAAUUAAAAACAGUUCAUCCAUUGUGUCAUGAUAA